GAUUACGUGGCUGGUCGUUCAAAAUCUCGCCGACAGCCAAUCAGAAGCGUCCAGGUCACUGAUGCCGUAUUCGUAGCGGAAGAGAAGAUGGCUGCUGCGAGGAACGGGAAGACCGGACUUCUGGAGAAAUGGAGAAUAGAUGAGAAACCAGUGAAGAUCGAUAAAUGGGACGGAGCGGCUGUCAAGAACUCUCUGGAUGACGCCGCAAAGAAGGUGCUGCUGGAGAAGUACGGUUAUGUGGAGAACUUUGGGCUGGUGGACGGUCGUCUUCUGAUCUGCACCGUUUCCUGUCUGUUCGCCAUGCUGGCUCUGGUCUGGGACUACCUGCACCCCUUCCCUGAGUCCAGACCGGUCCUGGCCUGCUGCGUCAUCUCGUACUUCAUCAUGAUGGGGAUCCUGACUCUCUACACGUCCUACAAAGAGAAGAACAUCUUCCUGGUGUCUCUGCAGAAGGAUCCGGCUGGGAUGGAUCCUGAUCACGUCUGGCAGCUCUCCUCCUCCCUCAAACGGUUCGAUGACCAGUACUCUCUCAGAGUUUCCUUCUGUGACGGGACCUCCAAAAACUUCCGUGAAGCCGAGUUCACCAAGUCCGUGGCGGCGUUCUUCGACGAGAACGGGACGCUGGUGAUGGACCAGUUUGAGAAGAGCGUUUCUAAGCUGCACGACACGCUCUCCGCCGAGAAGAAGACCAAAUAACUGCAACGCGUCACUCGUCAACAUGUCAACAACACAUUAGUACGUCAACAACUCAUCACGUCUCUGUAACCGUGCCGCAUGAAGAAUCGUCUCUGCUGUUGGCGGGAGCAUGUCAGUCAUCGCGUCAGUCAAACUGUAAUAACGUCAACGUGAAUUCCUCUUUAACACAUUUAGAAGAAAGUUCACCUGUUUGGUUUUUUUAACUUGUGGAGUUGUUACUUCCUGCAGGUUUGUUGUCAGUAUUUUUUUAUAUUUCUGAAUCUCCAAAAUAACAUUUCAGCUCCACAACAGUUCCUGCUGAAGGUUUUUAAAAACUUUCCAGGUUUCUCAGUCGGUAAAGUACGGAAGGCCAUUUGUGCCAAUGUGAUUUAAAAAAUAAAAAAAUAAUAAAAAAGUUGGUCAGUGUGAUGAGAAACUUUCUUAAAAUAAUGACUUUGAAGUAAAAAUAAAAUAAUUUUCUUUGUUUGUAAAAAAAAAAAAAAAAUUGUCUCCGUGUCAGUGGUUACUUAGCAACAGAUUAGCAUAAUUAGCAUUUAUCGGGUUUAGUUAGCAGGAUGCUAACGAUGCUAAUUGCAGGACAUGUUGAUGCCUUACAAAAGGAAGUGGACUGAAUGUCGACCAAACUUAAACUUUUUUUGAAUGUUUUUUAUUAUUAUUUUCUCUGUAACUUCGGAAAGCAGUUUGUGAAACAUUAAAGAUGGAGAAAGUUACAGAAAAUA